AUGGCAGACUACCUCUUCUGCGAGGGCACGCCGCAGGAGGUUCGCGACGCCAAGGGCCUGCACCUGAUCACGCAGAAUACCCCCAAUGGGCAGGCUACGCAGAUCCUGCUGGAGGAGCUGAAGGCAAAGUACGGUCUUGACUGGACGACGCAGGUCAUUGACAUCAGCACUAACGUGCAGAAGGAGGAGUGGUUCCUCCGUCUCAACCCAAACGGACGCAUCCCAACGCUCCUCGAUGCAUCGCAGUCGCCUCCGUUCGCGGUCCUGGAAACCUCGGCACAGCUGCUGUAUCUGCUCAAAGAGUAUGACAAGGAAGACACAUUUGGCUUCAAGGAUGAGUUCGAGAGAAACGAGGCGCUGCAGUGGCUGUUCUUCUGGCAUGGUGGAGGCGCCCCGUACCAAGGCCAGGUAAACCACUUCUCCCGUGCAGCCCCCGAGAAGAUCCCCUACGCAAUCGAGCGCUUCAAGAAGGAAACUCUCCGUGUCUACGGCGUACUUGAGAUCCGACUCAGCGGCAUAUACGGUCCGGGAAAGAAGCCACGGCAAUGGUUGGCGGGUAAGGGUGAUGGGAAGUAUAGUGUAGCGGAUAUCAAGGCUUGGAGUUGGGUCAAGGGAUGGGAGCGAACAGGCUUCACCAAGGAAGACAUGGAACCCUUCCCACAUCUGCUGAAAUGGAUCGAUCGUAUUCAUGAGCGCGAGCCUGUGAAGAUCGGGAUUGGGGAGAAGUACAAUUUGAAGAAGUAA